CUUGCUGUGCCGCUUUGCUGCUGUUGCUUCUCUCUCUCUCACUCUCUCUCUCUUUCUCUCUUACACACUCUCUCUCACUCACUCUCUCUCUCACACUCACUCACUCUCGCUUUUCUGUUGGUCCGAUCAUCCUGCUUGUGCUGAAGCAGGGGUCAGUUGAAAGACAAAACAGCAGGGUCACUUGACGGGGACAAACUCACCGCUCUGGACAGCUUUAGGGGACUCGGAGGAGAAAUGGAAGAGGGGUGUGUGUUUAGGCAAGAGGGGGGUGGGGGAAACUGAAGGAGAUGGGGUAGUUUAGGGGGAGGGGAGGAGUGUAAGAAGGGGGAGGUAGGUGAUCUCUCUCUCUCUCUCUUUGGGCUCAGGGCUGUCUGCUUGCCGUGGCUGACUGACUGACUGACUGUGUGCUUCUUACUGUCUUUUGUCCGCUCUCGGGACAGAGCCAGUAGAGGAAAAGGGCUUGAAGGCAGUCUCUCUCUCUCUCUCCCCCUCCAUCUAUCAAGGAGACCUCUGUGACUAGCUACAGACUCUCUGUCCUCCUCCCUCCCUCUGUUCUUUCUCUCUCUCUCUCUCUCUCUCCCUCUCUCCAUUCGGUAGUCUACAGUGCAACAUGAAGGGCACAGGGACUAGACAUGUCAGCGGACUCUUUUGGAGCAGGCGGCAGCGAUGCCCAACAGAACCUGCAGUCUUUCUGGCCCAGAGUCAUGGAGGAGAUCAGGAACCUCACUGUGAAGGAUUUUCGUGUGCAGGAGCUUCCGCUUGCUCGCAUCAAGAAAAUCAUGAAGCUGGAUGAAGAUGUGAAGAUGAUCAGUGCAGAGGCUCCAGUGCUGUUUGCCAAAGCUGCACAGAUCUUCAUCACAGAACUCACUCUCAGAGCUUGGAUCCACACCGAGGACAACAAACGACGCACGUUACAGAGGAAUGACAUCGCCAUGGCCAUAACCAAAUUCGAUCAGUUUGACUUCCUCAUCGACAUCGUACCCAGGGACGAACUCAAACCUCCCAAACGACAGGUGGGAGAAGAGAACGAGGAGGUGCGUCAGUCCGUGGCCCCAGCAGAACCAGUGCAGUAUUACUUCACCUUGGCUCAGCAGCCUGGUACAGUGCAGGUGCAGGGUCAACAGCAAGGCCAGCAGGUGGCAGCACCCGCGGCUACCACCCUACAGCCCGGCCAGAUCAUCAUUGCUCAGCCUCAGCAGGGACAGGUCUUGCAGGGAGCCACUAUGCAGCAGCUUCAGCAGGUGCAGGUAGCCCCCUCCCAGGCUACCCCCAUCACGAGUGCUCCAGUGACCAUGCAGGUGGGGGAGGGGCAGCAGGUGCAGAUCGUGCAGGCGGCUGCGCAGGGUCAGGCGCAGACGCAAGCUACGCAACCGGCCGGCCAGACCAUGCAGGUCAUGCAGCAGAUCAUCACCAACACGGGAGAGAUCCAGCAGAUCCCAGUGCAGCUUAACACAGGACAGCUGCAGUAUAUUCGCCUGGCUCAGCCAGUAUCAGGGACGCAGGUUGUUCAAGGGCAAAUACAGACGCUUGCAACUAACACCCAGCAGAUUACACAGACAGAGGUCCAGCAAGGGCAACAGCAGUUCAACCAGUUUACUGAUGGACAGCAGUUGUACCAGAUCCAGCAGGUGACGAUGCCGGCAGGGCAGGAGCUGACCCAGCCAAUGUUCAUCCAGUCUACCAGCCAAACGGCCGAUGGACAGGUCACCACGCAAGUCAGCGCCGAUUAAAUGACCUCGUACCCCCCCCCCUCCUCUUCCUCCUCCUUCACCUCUCCUCCCUGCUACCAUGGGGCUUUGGCAACACCAGCGCAGUAACUCCUCUGGUCCAGAAGAUCCUCACAGGGGGGCCCGCCCCUUCGCCCCCCCAACCAAUCAACACACUCGCUCCCAUUCCGACGUCACGCCCAGGCCCUCCAACUCACUCACUUGACACUCUCACUCUCUCUCUCUCUCUCUCUUUCUCUUUCUCUGUGUCUCCCCCAUCAAAUGUCACCGCUCAUUCCCCAACACUGUCUCCUUCAGUCGUCUGUUUGCUCCUGUUGGGAACCGUUCUUCCGCUGGGCUCAGCUCCAGACAAGAAUCUGUCUUUCAUUUCAUUUCCUUUUUUUCCUUGUUGAAGCCAUGGCUUGUGUGAUGCUCUAAAAUUUCCUUCAGCUGCUCUAGCUGCUCUGUCUAAUUCUCUGAGUUAAUUCGUUAGUUUAAGUCGCGCCCUCUUGUUCUUGGUUAUAAAAUCCUCUCGACUGCAGACCCUGAGUUAUGAAUGGACUGUCCCCAACUUUACACUGAAGCCAGUAUCUCUUUCUUCAUUUCUCUCUCUCUGACUGAAUUACAGUCAGAAAAGCCCUGUACCGACUGUGUAUGUAUGUCUUGACUCUACAUAGAAGACGCCAUCUGGUAAUGAAUAAUUACUAAAACUAACAUAGACGUAACGACAAAGCCAUAAACUGCACGCGCUGGACUGUACACCACUGGUCACAUGGCUGUAACGGCAUAGAAAGUGUCAAGAGUAUCUGUGUCCUUUCAGCGUUGUGUUUCAUUGUCAGAUAUGAGUGUGGACUUGCUGUAAGGGCUCUUUUGUUUUUGGGUUGUGUAUAUGUAAACUGCCUGUUAGAGUGAGACGGUGUGGAUGGAGGGUGCUGGUUGUGUGUGGGAUGUCAUGGGGAGUAUGUCUGUUAGUUUGUUUGUUUACUUGUUUGUUUGUUUGUUUGUUUCUUCCCAGUGUUUGAUAAUGUGCAGUAAAAAUUUUCCCCCUGCUUUCUUUGUGGACCAGAUGUCAGGAAACCUCUUGCUACCUUCUGUCACCACUUUCUCUGCCUCUCUCUUUUUCUUUCUCUCUCUCUCUCUCUCCCCCUCUCUCUGUCUGUCAUACUCUCUAUCUCACUACGCAUACCUGUCUCCUUUCAAACUGCCCCUACUUUUGGCCCCUUGUAUAAAAUAUAGGUCUUUAACAAGCUGUUGUCCUUUUAUAUACAUUUUUAAAACCAGUUGUAACUGUUAAAUAGAUUUUUUUAAAUUGCCCUCUUUUUCAUGAUUAAUGUUAUCUUUGUUGGUCUUAUCGUUUGCAUGUAGUUACAACUGCCAGCAUGAUAUGCAAUACAUAGGUACAAAUUUUAUUUUUGUGUUCCUUUUUUUUGUAAACAAAUU